GGGAUUGAGAUUAUUGGGAUUAGUAUUAUUGCUCUAGGUACUCUACUACUACUCUACUACUCUACUACUCUACUGUUUGUCCUGUAGCUAUAAUAGCUUCCUCACCUCCGUCCAAUUCUUACUUCCUUUCUGUUCUUCCUUCUACAUUCCAUCCACCUCAAUCAAAACUUAACAUCUCCAUCCAUCUACCCCCACUUCUCUAUUCACAAUGGUUGUCGGAUCUGUUCUCGUUGCUGGAGGAACCGGCUACAUUGGCUCCUUCACCGUCCUCGCCCUUCUCGAGGCCGACUACAAGGUCGUCAUCGUCGACAACCUCUACAACUCUGACGUCGAGGUCCUCAACCGCAUUGAGCUCAUCAGCGGCAAGCGCCCCGCCUUCUACAACGUCGACAUCACCGAUGAGGCUGCUUUGGACAAGGUCUUCCAGGAGCACCCCGACAUUGACAAUGUCAUCCACUUCGCCGCCUUGAAGGCCGUCGGAGAGUCCGCUGAGAUUCCUCUCGAGUACUACCGCGUCAACGUCUACGGCAGCGUUGCCCUGCUCAGCUCCAUGACCAAGCACAAUGUCACCAACAUUGUCUUCUCUUCCUCUGCCACCGUCUACGGUGAUGCCACCCGUUUCCCUAACAUGAUCCCCAUCCCCGAGCAUUGCCCUAUCGGUCCCACCAACACCUACGGUCGCACCAAGUCGACCGUUGAGUCCGUCAUCACCGACCACAUCGAAGCUCAGCGUAUGAAGGCCAAGAAGAACGGCGAGUCUGGUGAGCAGUGGAACGGUGCUUUGCUCAGAUACUUCAACCCCUGCGGUGCUCACCCCAGCGGUAUCAUGGGCGAGAACCCAUUGGGUGUCCCCUACAACCUUCUUCCCCUCCUCGCUCAGGUUGCGACCGGAAAGCGCGAGAAGUUGCUCGUAUUCGGAGAUGACUACGCUUCCAAGGAUGGUACUGCCAUCCGUGACUACAUUCACGUGCUCGACCUUGCCAAGGGCCAUCUCGUCGCUCUCAACUACCUCCGCGAGAAGCACCCUGGUGUGAAGGCAUGGAACCUUGGCAGCGGCAGGGGCUCCACCGUCUUUGAGAUGAUCAAGGCUUUCAGCACUGCCGUCGGCCGUGAUCUUGCCUACGAGGUCGCUCCCCGUCGCCAGGGUGACGUGCUCGAUCUUACCGCCAACCCCACUCUGGCGAACAAGGAAUUGAACUGGAAGACUGAGCUCACGCUCGAGGACGCCUGCGUCGACCUGUGGAAGUGGACCAAGAACAACCCUGAGGGUUAUGCCCAGCAGCCUCCCCAGGAGUUCCUCGAUGCCCUCAAGAAAUAGAGUCUUGGAGGUGUAUGAACGGCAAGCGUGGCCUACAAAAGUUUUGACAUGCGCAUUGGACUGAAAUAAAGGAUGGAAUUGGAAAAAUCCUUGGUGCAUUGCUUGCGAACACGCACAUAUAUCAUCAUCAUACUACUACAUUAAUAUACCACGAAACGAGAGAUAUGACUAAUAGAAUAUUUACACUUAUACCCGGAC